AUGACACAUUCAGGGCUUGUUACCCCACAUUCUCGUCCAGGGACUCCUUCAGGGUUAGCAACCACCACCAUCACCCCCACCACCACUACCACCAACACUGCAAAUGCACCAGAUCAACAACACGCUAGUCAACCUUCUUUGACACCAUUAUCAGCAUCAACACAGGCGCAAUCGAUAUCCAGGCCCCCAUCUGCCGCAGCAACAGCCACUGGCUCGUCUUCUGCCAAUAAACCCUCAGUUCCUUCCUAUGAACGAUCAAUUUAUGAACGAUUUAUGGGUUUAUACAAAAGCUUACUUGAAAUCAAAAACAAUCGAAAUAAAUACAUUGAUCUGAAACAAGUCUACUCGAUAUAUGAUACCUUCCUUGAUGCUAUAAAUGAAUUAAAAUUGACAAGAAAAGAUGAAGAGUUGAAAGGAAUGAAGUUGGAUUUACCCAACAGCAAUGAUUCAAUAAUCGAUGAUAUAUUCCAAUUAUUAAGUUUAUGUUUUGUCACCUGUGGAUUGAUUAAAUUUGCCCCAGCUACAUAUUCAAGUUUAAGUACAGUGAUGAAAUUAUUGACUCAUUUAAAAGAAUGUAAAGUUUACACGAUGGCUGACUUGGAGCCUGUGGGUCAACGAUUAUCAGAAAUUAGUGAAAUUAUACUAUCAAGUCAAGACAAAUAUGCUGCCGAUGAUGAUGAAGAAGAGGAUGGAGACAGGGGUGGCAAAUUACUGCAAAAUCAUCAAAUUGAGGAAAAUUUAUUACGAAACAAGUUGAUCAAAUGUGAAAACUUGUUUAAAGAAUUGGUUGAUAAUUUUGAAAAUAUACCUCAUGACUUAGAACCAAUUUAUCAUGAAUUGAUUGAUUUAAGGCAUCAAUUGUUGAAUUUUGUUACUGAUUUUGGUCAAGGUGAUGAUGAAGAAAAUACCAAUGAUGAAACCAAACGUAAUCAAUUAAAGGAUAAACUUUCCCAAUAUAAAAAUGAAUUGAAACAAAUUGAGAAAUUACGUGAUGAAUCCGAUGGUAAAUUCCACAGUGACGAAGUUGAGGAUGAACAAAAAUUAGAUUCAAUACAAGCAGUCCUCAAUGGAUUGAUUGAUGAUUGUAAUAAUUUAAUAUCUGAUUUGUUAAUUCAUGAUGAAGCAUAUGCCUUAAAAUCAUUGGAAAUUGAUGAUGAAACCACACCCAAUCCUGAGUUGAAGAAUCAGUAUGAUCAUGUAUACAAAAACUUGCAAGAUAUGAAAUCGACAUUGGAAAACAUAUUAUUAACUAGAAGAUGGACAUUAAGAGAAACUGAUUUAUAUAAUUAUCAAAAGACAUUGAAAACAAUUGAUGAUUCAAGAAUCAAUAUUUUCAGUCAAACACCAAAAGGUAAAUACAAGAAAUAUCAGACAUUGAUCUUGUACUUGUUGAGAAAAUGCUACUCAAUAGUGUACAAAUUAUUGGAGAGUAGUGAGCCAGUCAGUGAAAGUUUAGCUCCAAUACAUAAUCAAUUACAAACGGUCAAGAGAUGUUUAUUAGAAUUAAAACGAGUUGAUGGAUUGAAUAAUUUACGAGAAUUGUAUCCAUUCCAAUUCAAAUUGGCUUCAAUUGACAACUUAAGAAAAGAUGGAAAAUUCAUUAUUCACCAAACUGUACCUGAAGGUCAAGGUGCCGUUUGUGCUUUAUUGAGUGAAUGUUUUGAUAUUUUACAAGAAAUGAAAAUUGAUUUGGAAGAAAAGGAAUUGGAAGAAGAAGAAGAAGAGGAAGAGGGGGAAGAGGAAGAGACACAAGGCACAACAGGACAACUAAAUGGUGAUGAUAAAGAAGGUGCAGGCACCAAUGAUCCAAACCAGGCUAAUACUAAUGGUGUAGCAUCAUCAUCACAAAUACCAGAAAAGAUUGCCAUUAGCGGAAGUUUCACCAAUUCAAAAGCACCCGGUGAAAGCGGAAUAGGUACAAAUUCCGAUGAAUUGGAUGAUGUUGAAUUGAAAAGAAAUCGUUUCAAAGAAUUUAAUGAAGCUGAUUAUGAUGUUGAAAGUGAAUCGGCUUUUGGUGGAGAUGACGAUGAUUUAAGUAUAACUGAUAGUGAAGUUGAAGGUAAUGAUUAUUAUUGA